AUGGAGGACGCGCGAUUAGCAUUGGCCUCUGCUUGGGUUGGCUGUCGGAGCGAGCAUGCGCACAGGCCCGUGGCGGCGGCGAGAAAUGGCGUCGGCGGGCGAAGAGCAGGAGGGGAGCCGGCUCCCAGAAGAACCCAACAGAAGCAGGAGGAGGAGCAAAGUGGCGGCGGGAUGACGACUCCGAACCCGAGAGCCGAAGAGGACAAGCAGAGUUUAGAAGAAAGUGAUGAUGAAGUGAAUAUAAUGCUGAUGAGGUUUGUUGGCCUUCAUAAGCCUUUUAAAUUUACUGAAAGGAGAGGAUGGACACAUUUGCUUACUUCUAGAAAAGAACUGACAGAGGCUCAGAGAACAAACAAACCUUGUGGAAAAUGCUACUUCUAUCUUUUAAUUAGCAAGACUUUUACUGAUAAGAAGACUAAUGCUAGAAAAAAAGGGAGCAGUGCCCACCAGAAAGAAGAACUGAUGUUUUCAAAUGCGGAGGAAGAAUUCUUCUACAAAAACUCACUUCUGAAAUUCAGUUACUCUGUAGAAGAGGAGAGUGAUUCAUGUUUGGGAGGCAAAUGGUCUUUUGAGGAUGCACCCAUGAAACCUUUGCGAACAGUGAUGAUAAUCCCUGCUGACAGGAUGGAUGCCAUCAUGGAUAAACUCAAAGAAUAUCUGGCUGUUUGAACCACUUUUUCUCCUAAUGGUUUUGUGAAGUCACCCUUUAAGACUUUGACUUUUGAAGAGGGUCUAGACCUGCCUUAUUCAGUUCUACAUUCUUUCAGAGUAUCCCUUGUAUUCUUGUAAAAUAUGUCAUUUAUGCAACUAGAUAUCGGCAGCAUUUUUAUAGUCCAAUUAAAAAAAAUUAAAUCCUAAUUGUUAUUAAAUAAUGCUGAGUGUUUUUAUAAAUAAGUAUAUACUAUUUCCUUGUUGCCAAAAAUGAUAGAGGAAUUCUUAUUUUUGCCAUAUUGUUCUAUGAUAAAAUACCUCAUUUAUCAAAUCCCAUAUAUAAAAACUGAUGCUGGAUUAUGGAUUGUACAUAAAGAUUAUGGAUACUUCAACAUAAUUGAGAAUAGGAAACUUAUUGAACAAUACAUCUCUGUUCAGCCAA